AUGACCACGCCGCAGUACACCAUUGUCGUGGGAUGCGACGACGCCGGCCUGCAGUACAAGGACCAGAUCAAGGCUGAUCUCGAGAAGGACCCGCGCGUAAAGGCCGUCAUUGAUGUGGGGAUUACCGGGGAUGACAAGACGGCGUAUCCCCACAUUGCAGUUGACGCUGCGCGCAAGGUUGCGUCGGGGGAGGCGGACCGGGCGCUGUUGAUUUGUGGCACUGGCCUCGGCGUCGCCAUCUCGGCCAACAAGGUCCCUGGCAUCCGAGCCGUCACGGCCCACGACAGCUUCUCGGUCGAGCGCGCCAUCCUCUCCAACAACGCCCAGGUUCUGUGUAUGGGCCAGCGCGUGAUUGGUAUCGAGCUUGCACGCCGCCUCGCCCGCGAGUGGCUGGGAUACGUGUUUGACGAGGCGAGUGCGAGCGCGGCCAAGGUCAAGGCGAUUCACGAGUACGAGGCCUAG